AUGUGGCGAGUUUGCUUGAGUGGUGUGUCUUUUGCGAGCUUCGGUAUCAGUCUCGUGCACACAACCCGCCGUUGGCUGUGGUCCUGCGAGGAGUCUUUGCGAGAGACUAAAUCACUCGACUCGUUUCUCGAGGAACUGAAGCGGGGAGCUGCCCGAGACCCGCGAUGGGUGCUUGACUAUUCCGCCAUUGAGGAGCUUUCCGGAAGGAUAGCCCCCUCUGAGCUUGUUCCAAAUGUAAAGAUCAGCCCUUUGCUUAGUAUCCAAAAUGCUCUCUGCCUGACUGUUAAACAUAUCGAUUUGAGUUAUUUACACAUAACUCUCUCAUCUCCACAAAGUGUGAGGUCGGCCAUAGCAUUGGUCCGUGCGGGCUCAUUGUCUGCAACGGUAGACUCCAUUGAGAUAUACAUUCACACUUCAGCCCUGGGCGAGUGCGAUUGGAAUUCAGAGGAGAUGUCUAGCCAUAAGGGUGGAAGCAGUGGUGUCGCAGAGCUUUUCCAAGCCCUGGCGAACUCUGAGGGAACGCACACCCCCCUGCAACGGUUAAGCAUUGUCAUGAUAGACAACGUUACGGGGCCACCGGUGUUGUGGAACGAUGAGCUGUUAUCGGCCUUGUCAUCCCUAUUGGCUUGCGUUCAAUUAACUCAUGUCUUGCUUAACUACAUGAGUCUGCAACAUUGUAGUGAGUCGUGCCUGAAAAAGCUUGUAAAAUCCCUGGCCAACUCCAGUAGCACACUGCGCAGCCUUGAUCUCAAGGCUGUCCCUCUGUUAGUGAAGCUAGUCCUUGAGAGUACAAUGCUUCGUCACUGCAGAGCGUUGCAAUGCUUAGAUCUAUCUCAUAACAACCUCGGAGAUUUGUGUAUUACACAGCUAGUUAAAGACCUGAGCUAUGGCGUCGGUGGGUGGCACCAGCUGCACCGGCUGGCGCUCGCUGGAUGUCAGGUCAGCGCCUAUUCUCUGGAACUGUUCUCCAAGGCCUUGCCAAGUUGCAAGGAUGAGGAAAGGACCGCUGAGGUUGAAGAUUCCACCAGGCCUGUCACCCGUAUAGAGGAUUUCAAUCUUGACGCAAACAAACUUACGGAGGACGCCAUAUUUCAUCUCUCGACUUGUCUGAUGCGAUGCACUUCCCUGAAGCAAAUAGAUCUGCGCCACAAUUCCAUCUCCAAGCGUGGUAUAGAGCAGCUACUCAGUAGUCUCACGCAUGCCACAUCGUUGAGAUGUCUUCGGUUGCGUUCUAACCGGUUAACUGACGAAGGUAUACAAAGUCUGUCAAAACAAAUCAAACGGUGGCAAGAACUUGAAGAGCUGGAUCUGACUCGUUGUCGUCUUACAACUUUGUCGCUUGUAGACUUGGCCACUGCCAUCAGGUCACUCCUUCAGCUGCGCGUCCUCCGAAUGUCUGGUAACGAUUUGCGUCCAAUCAAGACCAAUGGGAUCCUCCUGUCACAAUCACAGCCCGACGGUGCUAAUAGUAGGGAGGAGAACGAGUUGAAAUUAUUUGCAUAUGAUCCCUCAUAUAUGCGUCCUGGUAGUAAUUCUGAAAGUGGCACUAGUACCCACCACGAUAUGAGAGUUCCAACUUCUUAUGAGAUUGAACGACGCGACCGUGAGAGAGGGCGGGUGCGCUACCGCGGCACACAGGAAAUUGAUCUGGAAAUGAUUCAUAAAAAUUCUUGUGAAGUAGAAAUAAAUCCUUUUCAAGUGUUUGGUGCAGCACUCAGGAGCUGUCAGGGGCUUCGCGUUCUGGACCUCAGUGACUGCUCCCUACAGGAUGAAAGUUUUGCUUUUAUAGCGCCCGGUUUGUCUCUCUCGCUGUUAGAGGAAUUACACCUCAGUGCUAACCCCUUGUUUGUCAGGGGCGGGGCCUCCCUGGAUGGACUCGUGCGGGCUCUAUGGUGUGCUACAGCGACUUUGCGCAUACUCGAUCUUUCCUUUCUCGGUCUCGGAGACCUGGGUAUUUCAACUCUGUGUGAUGGGCCAUUGAAGGAGGGAGGCGAGAGUGAGUUGGGCGUGCUGGGGCAGCUCAAGAAACUUGAGGUACUCCGCCUUUCGCAUACCAACGCUGGAUCCCUAGCUAUUGAGGCGAUCCGUGAGACAGUCUCUGAGCUGGCUCAACUGCAGGCUCUUUUCUUGGAUGGAAACAGAUGCUCAAGCCAAGACUUGGUGGAUCUUCUAUCAAGCCUGUGCUGUCUUGAGAAAUUGCGUUUUGUUGCAUUGACUGGCUGUGUAUCAAAUCACAACGACCGCGAACAGGUUAUCUUGAGCAAAGGAUUUCAGUAUUUGCGUGAGAUAGGUGUCGUGGUCGCAAUCUAA